AUGUCUCACCUGUCGCUGCUCGGUUCUUCCCUCCUUCGCCACCGCAUAGUCCUGCUUGGUCGACGCCUGGCCAGUUCAGAGGCUCCCCACCAGAAUGAAAUAACGGCUGGGGAACAGGCUAUUGGACUUCUGGUGUUUUUUACCUCCUGUUUAAUCCCUGCGGCAUAUAUACUUAGCAAACUGGAAUAUUACAAAGAAGUGUAG